AUGGCUUUAUCUCUUCAGUCGGCGAGAAAUCAAAUUGCAGCAAUUGGAGCGGAUAGUUGUGUGAUGCUGUCCUCGGCGCUCCUCGAAAAUUCACCGGGCACAUGUUACACACCCUAUCUCCGCACUCCUUCGAAAUUCGUCGAGAGUAGGACAAAAUAUGUGUAUGAUAAAAAUUUUUGCGCCGAUUCCUAUGGCAUUCUUGGGCGCCGGGAUAAAAUCCACAAUCUUUUAAGUGAUGUCCAUAUGCUUUGGUUUGCCAUACUCUUUUACGGAAUGCCUAUGAUAAAGGAUCCAUGGCCGUUCCUGGAGAUUGGAACUAAUACCGGACACCUGCACGCCAUGGCUUUUUUUUUUGUCUUCUUCAUCGACGCGAACAAAGCAGAGGUGGAGACCACGCAUGGUAGCUUCCAAAUUGAGAAUGUAUUACGGGUAAUAGCUGGGUCUUGGAGAUCAGAAUUAAAACAGAGGGUAAGCCAAGGAACAGUUAAAAUGGGCGCCCAUGAUUGCCGGAGUCACCGGGUCUUGGAGACCGAAAUAAAAACCCAACAGUCCAUGAGUAUGAAAAAUGAUGAUAUUGACAACCUACGUGGCGCGGGUUGUAUUCGUCGCUUUUAUCGGCUGAAAACAUCCCGCACCACAGAAUGCGUGGCUCCGGGUUGGAAUAAAGCUGUCUGGAAAAAAUUGUAUGGGUCACUGCGCUCUCGAGUUAAUGUGGAGGCACACAUGGUUGUCUCUAAGAUUCUUGGGUUAGAAUAA